AUGGGAACUUCCGACCCUUACCCGGUGUCCCUGUCGUCUCUCCACUUUCCAUCUGCAGAGCAAUCGCUCUCCCAGACUCUUGCGUCUCUACGGCGAUCGGCCCUUUCGGUGUCCAAUAGGCUUCGUUCCAUCGAGGCGGACGCGCGAUUUGUCCAUGAGGUUGUCGACCACUAUGAUCUGCCCCUUAUCGCGAACGAGCGGUGCGGCAGCUGGUAUAUUCCUCCGGACUCGAAGGCUGGAAGUGCAUACUUCAAGAGCACGGACGGUCACACGGGCCAAUGGGACUUCAGCUUCCGCCGAUUAAACCUUCAGAUCCUCCCCGUUGCACGGGACCAUGGAGGUUGCAUUAUUGUCGACUCAACCCGCCGGGGAAAAUUGAUGCCCGACGCGCUCUCCAAGACUGUUCCGAUAUGGUGCGCGGUAAUGAACAGGGCUCUAUUUCCCUCGCAAACCGCCUAUCAUGCGGUCCAGUUUCCCCCGGACUAUCUAGGCCCGUCCGAGGAAAGCCAGAUUGAGCGGAGAAUUGAUGGCUUCGUCCAGGCACUCAAGGCACUCAAGUUGGACAUAGAAGCUCUGAGAGAGAGUCUCGGCAGGCCCAUCAAGAUAGCCUGGGCAAACCGAAGUUACCUGUACCCGGCUGAUCUUCACAAGGGAGAUGGAUACAAUCUUUUUGUCCUGUGCUCCGCAUCCAAACGGGUGCAUGGCGCCGAAAUGUCCGAGGGUGGAUACAUCCAGGGCGCAGGCGAUGAUAGCGAAAGCUGGGCUCACGGAUUGACACCGCCCGUCUUCUGGGAAAACAAAUCUGCCCUAUUGGCUACGGACGAGGAGGAGUUGCCCGACCGCAUUCAGGAGCUCAUGGCGAAACAGCGCUCACAAAAGACCGACCACCAGGCUAUACGCGUUGCCCCGACGCAGAAUCUCUAUAUCAGCAGAACAAGUAGCCUCUCCACCGACAGUGAUGGGUAUGACCUGGUGAUAGACUGCAAUGCCAGUCCGCAGGCAUCUGAAGGCAACGCGAAGAGAUUAAACCUUGGCUGUGGUUCCGCAAAGCUAGGUAGCCGUGAUCUACGAAAGUCACUCGACCAGGUAAAGACUUUUGUCAAUACCACGCUGCUCUCGAAUCCAGCGCAGUCCUUACUAGUCACCUGUGAAACCGGAAAGGACCUCUCCGCGGGAGCAUUGCUGGCAAUAUUGUGCUUAUUCUACAACGACGAUGGACAGUUUGUUGGGCUUCAGUCACAGCAGUACAUGGACAAACAAUUCAUCAGGCAACGUCUCGCAUGGAUUGUCACGUCUAAACAUGAUGUGAACCCUUCAAGGUCGACUCUCCAGUCUGUAAACGCAUUUCUCAUGCAGAGACCGGAUUACUGA